AUGAUCGAAACCGACAGCCGGCAGUGUUCGAACAUGCGGCCACAGUCGAUUUAUCGCCAGUUCGACAGCAUGAGGCCAGUCGUUGCCGCAGGACCAAGGAGACCGUUUGGAGAGACUACGUUCCCGCCUGAGUUGGCCUAUGUCUGGCCACACUUGCGGCGUCUGGAGUGCAACAUCUCUGAGGUGGACAUCAGCAUUCCCAUCCCCAGUCCGCGGGGCAUUAUUGCCUGCACGUUGAGGGAUGCCCAGUCCAUGUCCAUCCGCGAUAUGGAGCACGAGAUCGCAGGGCUGACAGAUCGAGCCGCACGGGACGAGCUCUGCGUAGAGGAUCUUAGCCAGUCGACUUUCGGCAUCGUGGAUGCCGGCAUCGCUGGGGGAAUGCUUGGUACUGGAAUCAUAAACUUCCCGCAGAGCGCUUCGAUGGGAACCAAUGCGGUCAAGAGACGCGUGACGGUAGUUGACGGCAAAGUGGAAGCUCGUCCAAUCAUGUUCACUUCCUUGACCUACGACCACCGACUGGUAGACGGCCGCGAGGCCGUCACGUUCCUCUGCAACGUCCGGGACAAACUUCAGGAUCCUGCCCGCAUGCUCUUAGACCUAUGA